ACACGUCUCACUCAGUUGUGUAUCAGCCUGUAACCUGUACAAUGCGCAUGUAACGUAAUUUUGUUUGUUAUUAUUUAAUAUAACAUUGUAUUGCCACCAUGGGCUCCAAAAACGCCAAUUCAUCUUUUUCCGCCGUCAAAGUAACCAUUACUGACGAAUGUGAGAUGUUUAAAAUAUCCAAUAAACAACUGUUGAGUUUAAUGAAUUCUUUGGAUACAGACAUCAGGAACGGGUUGGGCAUAGGAACCAACCCAUCCUCCGUAGUAAAAUGUUGUAUUACUUAUGUGCAGGAUCUGCCAAACGGCACAGAAAAAGGCAAUUAUUUGGCUUUAGACUUGGGUGGCACCAAUUUCCGCGUGCUAUUGAUUGAAUUGGAAAAGCUAAAACAAACUAAAUAUGAAAUCUUCGAAGUUCCCAGUCAUAUCCAAAAAGGCAAUGGCACACAAUUAUUCGACCAUAUUGCUAGAUGUCUGGCAGAAUUUAUAAAAAAGUACGAGUUGGACAACAGUACGGCAUUACCGUUGGGCUUUACGUUUAGUUUUCCACUUAGACAAGUUGGACUUACCAGAGGAUAUUUAAUUAACUGGACAAAAGGCUUCGAAUGCUCAGGAGUAGUUGGCUACGACGUCGUCAAAUUACUCAAACAAGCAAUCAAGAGGAGACAGGACUUAAAGAUUGACGUGUGUGGAAUAUUGAAUGACACAACUGGUACACUCAUGUCAUGUGCUUGGAAGGCCCCAGACACCAAAAUUGGACUUAUUGUUGGAACGGGCUGCAACGCGUGUUACGUUGAAAAGGUGGAAAACGCCGAACUCUUCGACGGCGAUCAAACGAAAUCGCAUGUGGUCGUGAACUGCGAGUGGGGCGCUUUCGGGGACGAUGGAAAAUUAGAAGCUGUUCGCACGAAAUACGACCGGGCGAUCGACGAGGCCUCGUUGAACCCAGGACAACAACGAUUUGAAAAAAUGAUCAGUGGCAUGUACAUGGGUGAGAUCGUAAGAUUGGCUAUCGUAGACUUAGCCAAACAAAACAAACUCUUCAGGGGAAGACUGUCCAAAAAAAUGAAUACCAAGGGAGCGUUUGAAACUAAAUACAUAUCUAAAAUUGAAAAACAUUAUACUAAAGACAACAAACAAACGUGGAAAAUUUUGAGGAAGAUGGGCAUCAAAAACCCAUCGUUGGUCGACUGUAAGAACGUGCAUUAUAUUUGCAAGUGCGUGUCCACUCGGUCAGCGCAUCUGGUGUCCGCUGGUCUAGCCGUGCUUCUCAACAAAAUUGACGAAAAAUCCGUCACUAUCGGAGUCGAUGGAACGGUUUAUCGGUGCCAUCCGUAUUUCGGAUCCAUAGUAAAGAAGAAAACACGCGAACUAACAAAACCCGACAUCGACUUUCGUUUGAUGUUAUCUACUGAUGGAAGUGGGCGUGGAGCUGCCCUCAUUGCAGCUGUAGCUUCCAGAGAUUAACUGCUAACAAAAAUGGACUUUACAAUUUUUAUUUUACAUAUUUUAUUCAAUUAGUUUUUAAGGAAUAUAGUAGUAGGAUGUAGGUACAUUUUAGUUACUUAACAAUUUACAACCUUCCUACUAAAUUGUAUGUUGGUUAUUGUUAAGUAAGUACAAUUACAUAAUCUUAUAUAAUAGUGUUUUUGGCAUUUUAAUACAUUUUACUAUCAAACCAUACAAUUUUUGUUAUUUUGUGAAUUUUCCAUGUUUGUUUUAAACGUGUUUAAAAUAAACCUGCAAAUAACAUGAAUUCAUCAGAAUUCUUAACUACGCUAUAAUAAUACU